AUGACCGCCUCCCUCCCGUCCUUCCCGUCGCGCACGUCCCUCCCGUCGCCCAACGCCUUCCGUCCCGCCCCUCGCUUCAGUCCCUCAUUCCCUCCUGUCGUUCUCUUCCCUCCCGCCCCUCCCUUCCCUCUCCGGUUCUCGUCAUUUUCUCUCAUUCGCUCCGCUCACUCAAUCCAUCGCGCACUCCCCCCAUCGCUCGAACGAACGCACCGUCCACACACUUGCAUGUUACAUUCACUCCCAUUCCGCACACUCACUCCCCUCCUCUCCUCUCCCUUUCCCCGUGUCUUUCCCUCCGUUUCCCCCCUUGUUCCUCUCUCUUUCCUUGUGUCCUUCCCUCCUGCUCCCACCUCCCCCCUCCCUCCCUUACCUCCAUCCCUAACUGUUCCUACCCCUCCCUCCUUCUCAUCACUCGUUUUUCCCUGUCCCUCUGAUCUCCGCCCUUAUUCCCACACCCCACCCCUCCCCGUCGCAGUCACAUAUCACCUUACACCCUCCCUCCUCCCACCUCCCCUCCUCCCACCUUCCUUUGCUCCUACCCUUCCUUCCCUCUGUCCCGCGCACCUCUCUUCCGCCAUCUUUCCGCCCUUCUCUCACUGA